AUGAUGACGACCGUGGUGAUCGGCGGGUCAAUGGAUGCAAGAGAUGCCGAUGUUUUGGCCCGACGAGGUUUGUCUACCGAGGGCGAGCUCUGUGUGAAGCCCUUGGCCGUAGACUUCUCAGAGGCCCUUGGCAGGUAUAUGCCACAGGCCCUGCCGCGCUUGAAGAAGUACUUGCCCCAGGAACGUCGAGAGCAGCAAGAGGAGAUCUUGCCCAAUGUGACCUCUCUUGGCCCAUCCGGCCUCUCAACUCCAUGCGCUUUGCGCAGACCGCAGCGACCACAGGCAGCCUGUUUCCGCACUGCGAACAAGGUGGCUGAGCCUGUAGUGGCCAGGAUGCCUUCCAGCCGUUCAGCCUGCGACACCUGUGGUGAAGUUUUCGCUUUCCGCGGGCUCUUUUGUUCACACGUGAGACUUGCGUGA